AUGGAAAGAAUAUAAGCUUAUAUGCAGACAUGUGACCUUACUUGCUGAAUAUAGACAUACUACCUUACUUAUGGAAUGUCUUUCAGUUCCUCAAACUGAAAUAUGCCUCAAAGAACAUUUUAAAAGUUCAAAUAUUCUCAGAUCUGUCCUUUCAUCUGGUAUCAGCAAUAACCCUAUGAGCACAGGGCAGGGGAAUGGGCAUUAUCCACUCUAUCCCUCAAAAGUUCUCCACAAUAUGCCCAUUUUUCCACUAUACAUAGGCUUAUAUCCCAAACAAGUUACAAUUAUUCAUUCAACAAAAAUUUUUUUAAGCUCCUAUUAUGCAUUAGGCAAUGUUUUAAGGCAUUAACUUUCUCCCUCUGUGCUUUCUCAAAGUGUUUCUCCUAUUUAACUUUUUUAAAAAAAUAAGGGUGAAAUAUUACACAAUUUACUCAAAAGUCACCCUAAAACUAAGGCAUUUUCUACAUGUCUUUUCCUAGGAAUUUUCCAUUUCUGUAUUUAUUCACACUCAUGGAAAUAUCAGUUAUCCAUCAGCUCAAAUUAUAACCUCUAUGAGAGCGAUCCCCAAAUUUCCCUCUCUAAAUCUAACUUCCUUCCUAAACACCAGGCUUAAAUUAACAAAGCCCUCCCAAGAAUCUUCGCCUUAAGGUGAAUAUAUCAAAAUCUUAAAAAAUUAGCAAGUAUCUCCACAAACACAGACACAGACACACACGCACACUCACACUUCUCUUCCUCUUUAUUGUUAAUAACACCAGCAUCCUUCCUAGUGUCCAGACCUGAAAUUUCAAAAGCAACUUUGACUCCUUCUUGUGGUGUUUUUUAUUUACGUAUGUGGUUGUGUUUAUAUACGAUAUUUUUAAAAAUAGGUUUUCAUCCACAGUUCCCAGCUUAUAACUCCCACAGCCCUUUGUGUUUGUCUUGAGACUGGGUAAUUUGUAAAGAAAAGUGGUUUAUUUUGGCUCAUGGUUCUGCAGGACUACAGAGGAAGCAUGGUGCUGGAAUCUGCUUUCAGUGAGGCCUCAGGAAGCUUUUACUCAUGGCAGAAGGCAAAGGGAGAGCUAGCAUAUCACAUGACCAGAGAGAGCAAGAGAAGGGGGGAGGAGCCAGGCUCCUUUAAACAAGUAGUCCCCUCUGGCACCAGGGACUGACUGAUUUAGUGGAAGACAAUUUUUCCACAGACGAGGGGUCAGGGGAGAUGAUUUCAGGAUGAAACUGUUUCAGCUCAGAUCAUCAACCAUUAGAUUCUCAUAAGGAGUGCACAACCUAUAUCCCUCACUUGAGGAGCUCACAAUAGGGUUUGCGCUCCUGUGAAAAUCUAAUGCUGCUGCUGAUCUAAGUUCUGCUGAUCAGAAGGUGGAGCUCAGGCAGUAAUGCUCACUUGCCUGUGGCUCACACCUCCUGCUGUGUGGCCCAGCUCCUGACAGGCCAUAGACAGGUACCAGUCCAUGGAGCAGGGGUUGAGGACCCCUGCUUUAAACAACCAGCUCUCGCCCGAACUCAUUACCACAGGGGAGGGCAGCAAACCACUCAUGAGGGAUCCACCUUUAUUAUCCAAACACCCACCAGACCCCACUUCCAACAAUGGAGGUCUCAUUAAAUACGAGAUUUGGAGGGGACACACAUUCAAGCUAUAUCACCCUUGUUACAGUCUUUUAUUACAAUGUUUGGUGUGUUAGGCCUCAGGAAACAAUAUCCCUGACCUUCUUCUGCCCUCCUUUCAUCUGCACCAAGGCAGGACUCUAAUUUUCCUCCAUUUUUCUGACUGUGGGUCAUUAAUGCCCUCAUUUCAGAGAGGGUCCUGUGGGGGGCCUUCCUAUUGGGGAAAGUGCUGAUGUCAUGAAAAUUCCAGAAAAAACCAAAAGGACUGGCUUCACAGCUGAACAUGUGAAGGUGGGCAAGAAGGUGAGCAAGAACUCAUCCACUUGCUGGGAGAGUGGCAUACCCUAACUCCACAGAAACAGAGGCUCCUACCUUUGGGACCCUUCCAGACCUUGCCCUAUGGCAUCCAGACCUUGCCAUAUGGCUGUUUACUUGUAUCCUUUAACAUAUCCUUCAUAAUAAACCAGUAAACGUGUUUCCUUGAGUUCUGUGAGUAGCUCUAGCAAAUUAAUCCAACCCAAAGAGGGGGUUGUGGAAACCCCAACUCGAAGCCAUCUGGUAGAAGUUCCAGAGAUCCAGACUUACAACCAGUGGGAAGGAGGGCCCAGACCCCAAGACUGAGCCCUUAGCCAUUGGGAUCUGACACUAUCUCUUGGUAGUGCCAGAAAUGAAUUGAAGGCCAAUUAGCUGGUGUUCACUGUAGAACUGAUUGCUUAUUUGGCAGGGAGAAAUACCGUGCCAUUUGGACACAGAAGUCUUCUGUGUUGAUUGCUGUGGUGUAAGGGCAGAAGAAAAACAAUUUGAGAGUUUUUCCUAAACACUUCUUAUCUUCCUAGCCAUAAAACUACUGCCAACUCGUAUACUGCACCUCUAGUAUCAUUGAAAUUAUUCUCCAGUUUUCCAUUCCUUCAUUCAUUACUACCCUCUCCAUAUCAUACUGUUCCAACCCUUCCUACAACUAGGGAAAGAUUUAUCUCCCUAAUAGGCUCUUUCUUCAUAAACCACAGGCUUAAUUAUUUCACUCUAAUAGCUCAGAAGUGUACAAAUGGCUAUUCAAUAACAAAUAAAGCACAAACUAUUCACCAUGGCAUUCAAAAGCCACCAUGAAAGGCUCCAGCCUCCCUUCUAGCCAAAUCAGACUAUGUGUAACUCUACAAAUACUACCUUGUUUCACCAUGUCUUUUCACAAUACAGUCAUCAUUCGAUUUUUGCUUGUCAAAACACUAUUCUAUGUUGAGUUACAGGGAAAAGUAUACUUGCAUAAAGCCAUUUUUAAUCCCCUUUCACUGAAUACAUUACCUCCCUCUGAUAUGGCUGCUCUGUAUCCCUACCCAAAUCUCAUGUUGAACUGUUACUCCCAGUGUUGGGGGAGGGACCUGGUGGUAGAUGAUUGAAUCAUGAUGGCAAAUUUCCCCUUACUGUUCUCGUGAUAGUAAAUUCCCACAAGAUCUGAUAGUUUAAUCAAAGUGUGUGGCACUUCCCCCCUUUACUCUCUCUCUCUCCUGUCACCAUUUGAAGACGUUCUUGCUUCCCCUUUGCCUUCUGCCAUGAUUGUAAGUCUUCUAAGGCCUCUCCAGCCAUGACUCCUGUACAGCCUACAGAACUGUGAGUCAAUUAAACCUUUUCUUCAUAAAUUACCCAGUCUCAGGUAGUUCUUUAUAGCAGUAUGAGAACAAGAUAAUACAGAAAACUGGUACCAGAGAAGUGUGGCACUGCUAUAAAGAUACCUCAAAAUGUGGAAGCAACUUUGGGACUGGGUAAUAGGCAGAGGCUGAAACAGUUUGCAGGGAUCAGAAAAAGACAGGAAGAUGUGAGAAAGUUUCAGACUUCCUAGAGACUUGCUCAAUAAUUGUAACCAAAAUGCUGAUAGUGAUAUAGACAGUGAAAUCCAGGCUGAUGUGGUCUCAGAUGGAGAUCAGGAACUUAUUGGGAACCAGAGUAACGGUCACUCUUGCUAUGAUUUAGCAGAGACUGGCAGCAUUGUGCCCCUGCCCUAGAGAUGUGUGGAACUUUGAACUUGAGAGAUGAUUUAGGGUAUCUGGCAGAAGAAAUUUCUAAGCAGCAAAGCAUUCAAGAUGUGACCUGGUUUUUUUCUAAAAGUAUAUGCUCAUAUGUAUGAAGAAAGAGAUGGUGUGAAAUUGGAACUUAUGUUUAAAAGGGAAGCAGAACAUAAAAGUUUGGAAAUUUUGCAGCCUCACCAUGCUAUAGAAAAGAUAAAACCAUUUUUGGGGGAGAAAUUCAAGCUAGUGGCAGAAAUUUACAUAAAUAACAAAAAGCCAAAUGCUAAUAGCCAAGACAAUGGGGAAAAUGUCUCCCAGGGCAUGUCAGAGAUCUUCAUGGCUGCCCCACCAGUACAGGCCUGGAGGUCUAAGAGGGAAAAAUGGUUUCAUGGGCCAGUCCCAGAGCCCUGCUGCUAAGUACAUCCUUGGGACUUGGUGCCCUGCGUCCCAGCCACUCCAGCUCCAGCUGUGGCUGUGGCUAAAAGGGGCCAAUGUACAACUCAGGCCAUGGCUUCAGAGGGUGCAAGCCACAAGCCUUGGUGGAUUCCACAUGGUGUUGGGUCUGUGGAUGCACAAAAGGCAAGAGAAGAGGUUUGGGAGCCUCCACCUUGAUUUCAGAGGAUGUAUGGAAAUGCCUGGAUGUCUAGGCAGGACUCUGCUACAGGGGCAGAGCCCUCAUGGAGAACCUCUACUAAGGCAGUGCAGAGGGGGAAAUGUGGGAUUGGAACCCUCACAGAGAGUCCCCACUAGAGCACUGCCUAAUGGAGCUGUGGGAAGAGGGCCAUCAUCCUCCAGACCCCACAAAGGUAGAUCCACUGACAGCUUGCACUGUGUGCCUACAAAAGUCGCAGGCACUCAAUGCCAGCCCAUUAAAGCAGCUGUGGGAGCUGUAUCCUGCAGAGCCAUGGGGCAGAGCUACCAAAGGCCUUAGGAGGCCACCCCUUGCAUCAGCGUGCCCUGGAUGUGAGACAUGGAAUCAAAGGAUAUGGGAGCUUGAAGAUUUCAUGACUUCCCUGCUGGGUUUCAGACUUGCAUGGGGCCUGUAGCCCAUUUGUUUUGGCUGUUUCUCUCAUUUGUAACAGGAACAUUUACCCAAUUCUCAUUGUACCUUGGAAGAAACUAACUUGUUUUUUAUUUUACAGGCUCAUAGGUGGGAGGGACUUGCCUUGUCUCAGAUAAGACUUUGGACUUUUCAGUUAAUGCUGGAAUGAGUUAAGACUUUGGGGGACUGUUGAGAAGGCAUGAUUGUGUCUUGACAUGUGAGAAUAAUAUGAGAUUUGGGAGAGGCUGGGGAAAAUGAUACGGUUUGGCUCUGUGCCCCCACCCAAAUCUCAUGUUGAAUUGUAAUUCCCAGUGUUGGGGAGGGGACCUGGUAAGAGGUGACUGGAUCACGGGAGCAAAUUUCCCCUUGCUGCUCUCGUGAUAGUGAGUUCUCACAAGACCUGAUGGUUUAAAAGUGUGUGGCACAUUCCCCUUUACAUGCUGUCUCUCCUGUCACCAUGUGAAGAUGUGCUUGCUUCCCCUUUGCCUUCUACCAUGACUGUAAGAUUCCUGAGGCCUCCCCAGCCAUGCUUCCCGUACAGCCUGCAGAACUGUGAGUCAAUUAAACAUUGCUUCUUUAUAAACUACCCAGUCUCAGGUAGUUAUUUAUAGCAGUGUGAAGACAAACUAAUACACGCUCCUUUAAAAUCCUCUGCAUUUAGAUAGCAAUCUUCGUCUAUCUCAUUGUACUUUUUUACAUGUUCCCCUAUAUUGGCCAUAAACUCCUCUUCUAACAGGCCAAAUUUUGCUGAUUUUUAUAUCCCCUAUAGCAUUCUCAAUACAGUGCUUUGCAUACAGUAGGGAAUCCACAAAUAUUUGUGGCGGUUAUAAUAAAAGCUCGGGUAGAACUGUUCUCUGGAUUUCUAUAUGAUAUAUGAAAGCACCCUUCAAAAUGCCAAGAACGUAUUAGCCCAGCAAUGAAUCUCAACCUAAUGGUAGUACCAUUACUCUAAAUAUCCUUUAGAAAACUGUUUCAUUACAACUAUCUAUUAUAAAAGGGGGAUAUCUGAAAAAGCAAAGCUCUAAAAGAAAUGGGAAAAAAUGAGCUUAAGAGUGAGAAAAACAGCCGGGCGCAGUGGCUCAAGCCUGUAAUUAUAGAAAUUUGGGAGGCUGAAGUGGUUGGACUGCUUGAGCUCAUGAGUUCAAGACCAGCCUGGGCAACAUGGCGAAACCCUGUCUCUACAAAAUGUACAAAAAUUAGCUGAGUGUGGUGGUAUGCGCCUGUAAUCACAGCUACUCAGGAGGCUGAGGCAUGAGAAUUAAUUGAACCCAGGUGGCAGGGGCUGCACUGAGCUGAGAUCGUGCACUCCAGCCUGGGCAACAGAGCAAGAUUCUGUCUCAAAAGAAAAAAAAAAAAAAAGAGCAUGAGAAAAACAGUCUUAUUAGGGAAGAAGGUCAUAUUUUCCUUAAAAACAGAAGAGAUAAAAGAUAGGUGGAAACACAAUGUCUACAAUCAUGGAAUAGCAAAAGAAUAUACAGUUGCCUCACAGUAAAAAGUAGAGAAAAUUAUUUUAAGAUGAAAUAUCUGGGAUGGAAAAAGCUUUCAGAUAUCUAGUCUAAUUCCUUAAGGUCACAAAUAAGCAAAGUGAUGAGUGAACUUGAAAAUAUGUAAUUUUGAUUCUCCCUAUAAAGUAGUAACCGAGGCCAUCUAAUGAGGAAGAAGAUAGGCCUUAAGCAGUGUGGUAAAAUGGCAAAGCAGAGCAGCUAAGGGGAAUAUAUUAAAAGUCUGGAAGGCACGAACAAAAGGACUGCAAUAAGAGCACCAUGUAAUAAAAGCACAGAUGAAGUUAGCACAAAUUUGUGGUAUCCACCAGGUGCAGUGGCUCACAUCUGUAAUCCCAGCACUUUGGGAGGUUAAGGCAGGCAGAUCACAUGAGGCCAGGAGCUCAAGAACAGCCUGGCCAACAAGGUGAAACCCCAACUCUACUAAAAAUACAAAAAUUAGCUGGGUGUAGUAGCACACGCCUGUAAUCCCAGCUACUCGGGAGUCUGAGGCAUAAGAACUGCUUGAAUCCAGGAGGUAGAGGUUGCAGUAAGCGGAGAUUUUGCCACUGCACUCUGGCCUGGGCAACAGAGCGACACUCUUUUUCAAAAAAAAAAAAAAAAAAAAAAAAUGUGGUAUCCAAGUAGCAGAGUCAGGUGACUUUUCCUAUAAACUCAGAUUCUUGGCACUUCAGAGCCACUUUAAUUUCCAAAGCUCUUUUUCUCACAUGGAAGAAGAAAUCAGUGAGUCCACAAGUUACCAGAAAACAGCUUUGUAUCUAUAAUUGUGAGAGGCUUUGACAGUUUAUGUGCAGGAAGUUCCCCAAAACAGGGAUGCUGAGGCACAGGGUAUUAAAAACAGAUACAGGAAGGACCAUGCAACUUCCUUACUCCCACUCUCCAUGUUCUCAAUUCUCAAGUCUCUGUGGGACAGGUCUAGAAAUUUCAGAGAAGAAAGAUAUUUAGA